AUGGGACGAAUCCGGUUCGCUGACUACGUGUAUUGGGCUCGGUUUGACGGUAUCGACACCAGCGACCCUUACAAGUACUCGGAGGCCAUUGUGAAGAACGAGAGAUUCAAGGCGAUAUGGGGCAGCCGUUCUUCCAACCUCGGAACUCCAUUCCAUGGAAUCACGACCGAUGGCCAGAAGAGGGAUGAACUGUACAAACUCCAGAAUGAAGGAGCACCUACGAAGCAGAUGGUGAAAGCAGCACAUGAUUUCAUACGACUCCUCAGCCCUGAUGAGAAGGAGGCCGCAGUGAGAGAUCUGGAUUCUGAAGAGUGGAGAAAGUGGAUCAACCCAGAGAUAAUUAUAUUCAGGUGCGGCCUGCGGCUCGAACAUAUUGAGAAGGUCAAAGUCGACGCCGUGAUGAAGAUCCUCAAGCAUUCUUUGAGUAAAAGCGGCUUCGCCAAAGUCCAGGGUGCCAUGAAGACCAACAAGUUCCUGGGAGAGAUCUGCGGCAAAGAAGCCAUCUUGAAUGAACACAGUUACUUCUUCACAAUAUUCGGCGAGCCUUCUGAGACGGCGCCAUGGGCGUUCAUGCUAUAUGGCCACCACCUCGCUCUCAAUGUAUUUAUCGCAGGAGAGCAGAUGGCGAUAGGUCCUGUUUUCAUUGGCGCCGAGCCAAGCAUCAUCGAUGAAGGGCCCGACAAGGGUUUGACUCUCUGUGCGAAUGAGAGCCAGCUGGGACUGCGCCUUAUGCAAUCUCUAUCCCCAGGGAUACAGAAGAAAGCCCAAGUGUACUCCCAAAUGCAUGAUCCAGCCAUGUCGGAAGACCGCUGGCACCCAGCUGAUCAGAGACACUUGGCUGGCGCUUUCCACGACAACAGGAUUAUUCCAUAUGAGGGCGUGCUAGUCACCGAAAUGACAACGGAGCAGCAAGAGUUGCUCAUGUCGAUUGUCUCUGAAUUCUUGGUACUCCUGCCGCCUGAACCGCUCAAGCACAGGCUGGGGCACAUACGAGCAUACCUAUCGGAGACUUAUUUCGCCUGGAUUGGUGGCUUCGGUCCAGCCGACCCCUUUUACUAUCGGAUCCAGAGCCCUGUGGCGUUGUUCGAGUUCGAUCAUCACUCUGGCGUGUUUCUUACCAACGAAGAGCCCGCAAAGUAUCACAUCCACACAAUACAGAGACUCCCCAACGGCAACGAUUAUGGUCGCGAGUUGAGGGAGCUGUUUAGAAGGCAGGGAAAUAACGGAAAGCUGUGA